CGUGCGGGCUAAUAAACAUUUACAAGCUUGUACAACCCCUGUACUGAUCAGCCUUCCCCUCACACUUCUGGGGAAAACGUAGAGCUUCAUGCAUCCAUAAUUUCUGUCACAGAACUACAGGAAAAUACAAUGGACCUCCACAAAAUAAUCCACAGUGCGCUGCACGAAUUUAUCCAGACUUACAUUCCCGAUGCAGAUCUCAGCACACUGGAUGAUGUUCUUCUAUCUUACAUCACUGGAGUCUUGGAGGACCUGGGCUCCCAGCAGAGUGUUGAGGAGAAUUUCGACGUGGAGAUCUUUGCAGAAAUGCUGGAAGCUUACAUACCUGGAUUUGCUGAAAUAGACAGUGUCAAAGUUUGUGAAAUGAUGUUCAAUCUGGCUUCAAAACUAGCCACUGCUCGGACCUCAGCUAAUGAAGAAAAUGGCGUGCCUAAGGCAAGGACAGAAGAGGUUUCAUUGAAACUCGCCACCUUGCCCAGUCAGCCUCCUCCAGGACAAGAACUGCAAUGUCUUAAAACUCCAACAGAGGGCGCUACUGCCAAGCUUCCAGUGUCAGAGUGGGAGUCCCAGGAGCAGCACCUGCUGGAGAUGUUUCCAAAGUGCAGUUUGUCAGAGGCUCGCAGUGCUUUGUCUAUCACAAAAGGAGACAUGGAGGAAGCUGUACGCCUUAUCAUAGAAGGUGAUGUCCAGCUCAGCCCCACUCCUCUUAAUGUAAACCAUGGGAAGAGUAUGCCCUUAUUGGCAGACCAGAAACUUAAAGAGAGCAUCCUUGAGAAGUACAUGCUAGUGGACAGAGAAGAAGAUAAUAAAACACACCGGCCUGUCGCCCCUAAAGAUGCUCCAAAGAAGCUCGUUCGCUACCAUGGCAACCAGGUAGUAACAACAAAAGGAGAGCGAUAUCAGCUUGUGAAGAAAAAUGAGACUGAAGACAUGAAAAAGACAUACGUCAAUCUGAAGCCCGCACGGAAGUACAGGUUCCAUUGAUGAUUAGCACAACACAGUAAAAGCAGCUAAUGACGAUACUGUUUACAACAUUUUUUAUUUAUUACGUUUAGUUUGCCUGAAUUUGUUGUAUACUUUCCCCAAAUAAUGGUUAACAAUUUUAGUGUGCCAGUGGCUUAUUUUAAAAUGCUGUUACCAUUAUAUGCCUUGGUUAAAACUUUAGUCAGGAUGGUGUAACCAGUGUUCAUGUUUGUGUAACAGCUUAACGGGUUUAUUUUUGGCCACCUCAGCAGGUCUGAUGUUGCACUGACAACAUUUAUUUUUAAGUUUUCUUUUGCUCUUCAUUUUACCUGGACUUUCUUUAAUCCUGGAAAACAGAUUUGUGAUGAGGAUAUCAAGUUCUCUAUAUUCAUGUUUGUAAAUCAGUGCUAGUGGUGCUGUCGGGUUUAUUCAGGACAUUUGUUUAAUUAUUUUUGUACAUGUCUUGAUGCCAAUUUGUUUCAGAUCCAUUUUAAUAUUCGUGUCAUAUUUAACAAGAUCUGAGUGUUCUGAAAGUGUUUGCCUUGAUGUAAAAUUAUGUUAGGCCUAAGUGGAAGCACUCAGUUAUAUUCUUGAGCAUGUCUUUCUGGUUAUGAUAGAAGGAUAUAUGUUAGUAAGUAAAGUUUUACACUUUUUUUUUUUCUUUUUUUUUUUUUUUUUCUUUUGCUGUUGUAAUGAUUGAUUAGUUGGUGAAACAAAAUUCAAAACAUGAGUCUUGGCUCAAAACCUUUGUAAAAUAACCAGACUAAAGGAACCUAUUUAAUAUUUGUCACAGACUCAGCUUGCCCCCACAAAACAAAAAGUAUUCUGAAUGCUGCUCACUAUAAAUGUAUAUUUUUUUACUGAAACAAUUAGAAAGUAUUAGAAGAAAGUUUACAAUUAACAGUGCUAUCAUGUCUUGUCAUAUUGAAUUUUAGGACUUUAGGUACCUCCACGUGCCAGGUGAAAUGUGUUGCUGGAGGAGUUCAUUUUAAACUCCAUUAUCUUUGUUUUUGAUGUAGUUGUUUAUAUUUGCCGAGUGUUCAUUGAUAUGCAGCCAUGUUUCCAAAACGUUUGAGGUGUACUGUAAAAUGAAAAACAGGAUAAAAAUAUUUGCUGAUCACAUAAAUCCCUACAUUCAAGUGGAAAGAAACUACUAAAGCAACCUUGAAACUGAGAAAAGGGGAGCAACACAAGUGUAUUGGUAAAAUAAUCAUAAUUAAGUCAGUUGAGCUAAGUUUCUGGGGAUUUCAUCAUAAUGAGACUUUGACCAUCUUGGGUCUGCACAGUGGUGAGUUGGUUAGCACUGUCACCUCACAGCUAGAAGGUUCCUGCUUCCAGUCUUGUCUUUCUGUGUGGAGUUUACAUUUCCUCCCUGUGUAAAUUCCUCUCACAGUCCAAAAAGAUUCUUGUUAGGUUGAUUGGUGCUUCUAAAUUUUUCUUAGGUGUGGGCAUGAGUGGUUGUCUUUCUUAUCUCUUGCCCCUGUGAUGGACCAGCAGCCUGCCCAGGGUGUACUCUGCCUCUCACCUAAGAACCACUGGGACAUGCUCCAGCCCUCUGGAACCCUGCAUUAGAAUAAGGUAUAGACGGGAUGGAUGGAUGAAUAUCUUCACAAGGGACAAGUUGGAAUAGUAGCUGUGAUUGGUCAUUUUUCAUGGUCUGGGAAAAUAAUUAUAAUAAAGAUCACCCAAUUUAAGACAGUAUAAAAGGGAAAAGAUUAAACAACAGGACCCCCAGCUGAGACAUUUAUGUAACAAUAUUUGUCUAAGUUUUUUAUGAUUUGGUAAGCAUUUCAGAAACAAAAGGGUCUAUGUGAUUUGUAAAUCUAUUUUACAUACAUUUUUCAGCAUCACAACUUAUUUGGAAACUGAAUUCUACUAGUAAAGGUGCAAGAUGGUGUGCUUCAAGCGCGUUUGCUUUUUACUGCAGUGGUUCUCAUUUGUGAAUUUUGCUUUUCUUGUGACUACUUGUUGAACAAAUAUAGAUUUAAUUUCUUGUAUAGUAUGAUAAUGACUUGGAUGGAUUUUCUUUACUAAGAUAUACUGUUUGUGUUCCCUUAUGAAUCUAUUUGGAGCAAGUAAGUUGUUUUAAAGAGAUGAUGUAAUACUUUCCUGACUGUAAUGUUUCACUAGUUUGGUGUUGUGAUGUUACUCAUGCUUAUCAGCAGCGAUAUUAUCCUUAAUUACUAAGUGGUGUUACUGUAGAACACAUUCUGGAUUUCCUGGAUCUGAUGGCAACGGAGUUUUAAACCCUGGCUUUGAGAACCUGCUAACAUACAAUUUUUAGUAAAUAUUAAUUUUUGUA